AUGGAGCCCGCCGGGAGCCGCCUGCGGGGCAAACCCUUCUACGGGCGCGAGUGGGCGCUGGGCCGGCUGGCGCUGAGCCUGGAGGGGGGCGGCGGGGUGCUGGUCACCGGCGGCCCCGGCAGCGGCAAGACGGCGCUGUGCACCGAGGCGCUGUGGCCCACCUCCGCGCCGGGCCUGCGGGUGGCGCUGGGCGAGUCGGCCCUGGCCUGGCACUUCUGCCAGGCGCACGACGCCCGCGCCACCUGCACGUCGCGAGGCUUCCUGCUGCGGCUGGUCCGGCAGGUCGAGCGCUGCCCGCUGCUGCCCGAUUACCGGGAGCGCCGGCGCCUCCCAGCCGCUGGAAGUGGCCUCCUGCAAGGAUCCGGACGAGCUCUUCCGCAGGCCAUCUGUGUCGACUCUGUCCAAACGCUGCUUCCUUUCAUCAAAGGUAGCUUUACAGAGGCCAUAUAUUCCCACCUGCAGCUGCAGAGCUCUGGGGGCUCCCUUCCCCCUUGUCAACUGCCCCCCUUCUCCCCCAGAGCAGUGCUGCUGCCCCUGCUGGACCUGCCAGCCCCCCCAAAGCCUCUGCUGAUCGUGGUGGAUGCUUUGGAUGCGGCCAAGAGAGACCGCCAGGAGGAGGAGGAGGAAAGAGGCCCCAGCAAGUCCAUUGCCCACCUGCGGCUGCUGCCCCCCUGGCUGCUCCUGGUCUGCAGCGCCCGCUCUCACAUCCAGGGGGUGCUGCGCCUCUUUCCUGGACUCUGACAGCUGUGCCUCGAUGACCUCCAGAGGGAACCUGUCAUCUGUGAUAUGCGACACUACAUCCUCGCCCGGCUGGAGCGGGAGGAGGCGCUGCGGUGGCGCUUCACCCAGGAUAUGACCGGAGCCCUGACCCAGCUGCACCUGAAGAGCAACGGCUGCCUGCUGUACCUGGAACAGGUGUUAGACAGGGUGGGGGAAGAGUUGGUCCUCCCGCAAGAGGACAUCCCAGGGACGCUGUCUGGGCUGUACCUGUGGCUCUGCCAGCACCUCUUCCCACACAACCAGUUUGCCACGAUCCGCCCUCUGCUGGAGGCCCUGCUGGCAGCCCCUCGCCCGCUGAUGCCUCAUGAGCUUCACACGGCCAUCUGGACGGGCCAUCCGGCGCUCUGGGAGAGCUUUCAGGACAACCUGGCCACUUGGCAGGGCUCCUUCAAAGAGCCCAGCGGGGACCUGCAGGUUCUUCCACGUCAGUUUUGCGAGUGGCUUUAUGACAUCAAGCAUUGUACGUGGAAGUACCACUGCUGCCCAGCACGAGGGCACGCCCUGCUUGCCGUGAGCGCCUCCUGCCGGGCACCAGAACUAAGCCCGGAGGAGGUGAUUGACCUGGCCCGGCACUUGCUGGCUUCCGAGCUCGGCCUUGAGACCUGGCAGCUGGCGCUGUGGCUGGUGUGGUGCCGGGUGCCUGUGGAGAACUGCUUGGGGCCAGAGCUGCUGGGGCCCUUGGAGCCGGUAGUGCUGGAGCUGCUGGUGCUGGCAGGAGCUCGCCUGGGGGAGUGCGGACCAGCCCCCUCCCUGCACCAUGCCUUCGAGCGGGAGGAUUCUGUGGGGCUGCUACUAGAAAACUGCACCAGCAUUAAGCAGCAGGAUGUGGAUGGGCGCACGCGGAUGGCCAGUGCCGCAAGUGGCACCCAUGAAGCGGUGGAACUGCUCUUGACUCGCAGUGCACAGCCAGAGGCCCCUGAUCACCACGGACAGACCCCCAUGACUAUGGCUGCUCGCCAAGGACACACCAAUACCCUGCUUUGCCUGCUGGCGCACGGGAGCAAGGUCAAUUGUGCAGAUCACAAAGGUUGGACAGCGCUGCGUACAGCCGCCUGGGGCGGUCACAGCAAGGCCGUUGCUGUUCUGCUGCAAGCUGGUGCCCGUGUGGAUUGCCCCGAUACCGAGGGGAGAACGGCACUGAGGGCCGCAGCCUGGGGUGGCCACAAGGACAUUGUGGCCACUCUGUUGGAGCAUGGAGCAGAUAUCAACCGGGCCGAUUCUGAGGGACACACACCACUCAUUGCUGCUGCCUACAUGGGCCACAGAGGGAUUGUGGCUCUGCUGCUGAGCCACGGGGCUCGUGUUGACCACGCUGAUGUGGAUGGACGGACAGCCCUCUCAGUGGCCACUUUGUGCAUUCCGGUGAGCCGUGGCUAUGCCAAGGUCGUAGAGAUUCUCUUGGAUCACGGGGCGUCUCCAGGACAUGCUGACCGGGACAACAUGACUCCCUUGCUGGCAGCUGCCUACGAAGGCCAUGUGGAAGUCAUGGAGCUCUUGCUGGAAGCCGGGGCUGAAGUGGACCAGGCUGAUUCCAGAGGCUGCACCCCACUCUUGGCUGCUUCCGCCUUGGGCCAUCGGGCGGCAGUAGAAACUUUGCUGCUUUGGGGGGCAGCCGUUGACAUCCUAGACAGCGAAGGCCGGACGGCUCUUGGAGUUGCAGCUGGACAAGGCAGGGAAGCCGUUGUCCAGACUCUGCUCAAGCGGGGCUUGGAUGGAAACCACCCAGACAGGCUGGGCUGGGCCCCACUGCACUUGGCGGCCUGGCAGGGCCACCCCAGGACGUGCGCAGCUCUUGUGGAGGCUGGAGCCCGCGUACGCAAGCCCAACCGGGAUGGCCGCAUCCCACUGAUGCUGGCAGCCCAGGAAGGACACACGGAGGCUGUGCGGCUCCUGCUCGAGCAUCACUCCCCCAUUGACCACCAGGGCUACGAUGGUCUCUCGGCCCUGUCUCUGGCUAUGCUGGCCGGACACCACAGCACCGCCGAGCUGCUUUUGCGUAAGGGGGCAGAGGUGAAUCUGUCUGACUCCGAGGGUCGGCCCAUGCUCUACCUUCUGAUGCUGGAGGGCUGCGUGGAAAUGGCCGAAUUGUUACUGGUGCACGGGGCCAGGCUGGAGGGGCGGGAUGCCCAGGGCCGCACGGCCUUGCACGUCACCUGCUGGCAGGGGCAGGUGGAGGCCACCCAGCUGCUGCUGAGCUACGGGGCAGAUGUGGAUGCCCUCGACAAGGAAUGCCGCUCGGCCUUGCACCUGGCUGCCUGGCAGGGCCAUGGGAACAUCGCGCACCUGUUGCUGGCGAGGGGAGCAUGGCCCGACCGCAGUUGCAGCCAAGGGGCCACUGCUCUGGGCGUGGCCACGCAGGAAGGCUGGGCUGAGGUGGUGAGGGUUUUGCUGGAGCACGGUGCCAGUCCCGAUGUCCAGGACAAGGCAGGUCGCACCCCAAGGUGGCUGGCAGCCAAGCGGGGCCAGCAGGCCGUGCUGAGGCUGAUGAUAGGUUCCAGGGCCUGGCCAGGGCCGAUAUCUCCCCAGCUGGGCUCUUCCAGCAGUUCGACCAGCAGCCUUGUCCCCCAAGGCAACUCUCCUGUGGCCUGGCUGGGUCCCACCGAUGAUACGCCGGCCUCCUGCGGCUCUUCAGCCCCAACGUCCCCUUUCCAUUCCCCCCAAGUAGUUCCCCUGGGCCCAGUCUCUAGGGCACAGCAGAUGCCCCGGGACCCCCCACCCCAUCGGCCCCAACCACGCCCAUUGGCCCUUCCACCGGCUCCAGCUCAGGACAAGGCUAGCAAGGGACUCCGGGGGGGGCUAAUCUCCUUUGACACGCUGGCCCCCCACCUGCACCGGAAGGCAGCCAUCAAGCUGCAGUUCGAGGGCCCCACUUGCGGCUAUCAGUACAAGCAGGAAACUCCCCUUUGAUCUGGGGCGGGGCAAUCUCUGCAGGCACCAGGACAAGGCAGGUCUGGCUGGUCGGCAAGAGGCGUGGUCCUUGGCACGGAGGGUUUUGGCAUUCAAGGCUCGGAAUGCUGAGGGGGUCCACUUUAGGACCCCCGAUUCCCACCCCAAGACCCGCCCCAGCAUUGGAAAGGGGGGCAGAAGUGCCAGAGUGGUGUCUGCGGCAUCACCUGCUCCAUGUCAGUGGGGGGCUGGUUUUCCUCAGAGCAACCGAGAGCCUCCCCAGGAAAGGGGGCCGGUGACCUCCAGCGGCCAGUACAAAGAGGCAACCAGGCCCUGGCUGGCUUCCUGCGCAUAGGCUAAGCAUGAACCUUGCGCACCACACAGUGCCUGCAAGCGCACAACCUCUAUGCAAAAAAGAACCACCAUUACGGGUUAAGAGGAUGGCCUUGUUCGCACAAUGCGCCGGAUCACGCACCACCCACUCACCUGUGGCCUCGUGUGAGUUCAGCUGCUGACUCUGGCUGGGUUGUCUUUGAGCGCCUGCUGGGAAGGA